UUGGGGGAAGAAUUUGUGUGUAGAAACAGGAAGUUCCACCGGCUCCCAACAUGACAUCCAGUGUUGAAGGAGACUGAAUUCAUUUAUCGUGCUCAGCUGUCAGAGCCAGUCUGGACCAUGAGGUCUUCCUGCUGUCUCGUGCGGCUGCUGGCUCGGUCCGGCAGAUCCGCCGGGGUUCUGCUCCCCUCGUCCUCCGUCCGUCCCUGUAAUCCUGCACAGCUCCAGCUGUUGAGGGGUUUUCACAGCAGCCCGGCGUCUCCAAAGAGCCGACCUGAAAAAACAAGGUUUAUCGGUGAGGACCACUCCAAGGAGCAGAAGUCUCUGGUCCCACAGGAGGACUUGUUUGAGCAGAUCAGCAAAGAAGCCAGAACAAAAGCUACGUUUAACCAAGUCAUCGAUGUCUUCAUUGCGAGGGACAUCAGACGACGGGGUCACGUGGAGUUCAUCUACGCUGCUCUCAAGAAGAUGCCAGAGUUUGGGGUGGAGCGAGAUCUGAGCGUCUACAACAAACUGCUGGACGUUUUCCCCAAAGAGGUCUUUGUGCCCCAGAACUUUAUUCAGCGCAUGUUCAACCACUACCCCAGACAGCAGAUAUGUGGGGUGGAUGUCCUGGAGACGAUGGAGAACUACGGUUUAACACCCAACAUCGAGACCAAAGUCCUGCUCAUCCAGAUCUUUGGAAAUAAGAGCCACCCUAUCAGGAAGUACCAGCGCAUGAUAUACUGGUUCCCUAAAUUCAAACACGCAAACCCGUACCCCAUUCCAAAACAUCUGCCAGAAGACCCGGUGGACCUGGCCCGCUUCAGCUUGACUCGCAUCGCCAACGACCUGGAUGCUAAAGUCACCAUCUACCAGCAUCCGGGUCCAAACCUGACAGAGAGUGGAGAGGAAAUCAACUAUCCAUAUAUAGUAGGUGUUCAGAGUCCAGAUCAGAUGGAACUGCUGGCCAAACAUAACCCGAAGAGGCCGGUGUUUGUGGAGGGCCCCUUCCCUCUGUGGUUGAGGAAGACCUGUGUUUACUACUACAUCCUCAGAGCAGACCCUCUUCCACCUGAAGAGCAGAUAGAAGAACCCUAUGAUCCAGAGAGAAGUUUUUUCUACCCUCUGCAGCUGGACCUUAGUUUGGAGCGAGACCUGGGAGAUGAUGAGAGCUUCGAUGUGGACGACUUGGACGAGGGUCCGGUCUUCGCCAUGUGUAUGACUGGUCAGGGAGAUCAAGCUACCCUGAACCAGUGGAUCUCUGGCCUCCAGCUGAAUAAUCCCAUCCUGGGUCAGGUCCCCACCCUGUUCCGCCUGAACAGUGGUCCUCGGGAGGUGGCGGGGACACACACGACAGAGUCGGGUCAAAGAUAUCAGCCUCACCCUGAGACCCAACAUGAGGAACCUCAGUCUGAGGAACAUGAAGAUGAAGAGCAGAGGAGGAGUCACAGGAUGAAGCAAUGAGACUAACCAGGAUUAAGGAGGUUAUAGGAGGAAGAGUUGGUGUGAAAAGCAGAUUAAGUUAAAACAAACAUAACAGUACGUGACAACAGUUGUUAGUGUUCUGGUUUAGCUGUCUAAUAAAUAUUUUAAAUGAGUUUA